AUGGAACUGGGUAGUAAAACAAAGUCUGAGGAGAUAGUUAGGUCACACGAGUUUGCCACCAUCGAAUACCAUGAUGAGAAGACGGAUCUGCAACUCUGUGAGCAAUCAGCCCAUUACCUAUCAGACACAGACGCUGAGAGCUGUGCCAUAGGGGUGGAGGAGACUGAGAAAUUACUGAAGGCGAACGCUGAGAGAGGAGACAAACAAGCUUUGUUUCUUUUGGGACAGUUGUAUUAUGAAGAGGGUCGCUAUGUGGAAGCAGAGACAGUCUUUAAUGGCAUUAAGGAUGAAGAUCCACGUGCUCUGUACCAGCUGGCUGUGAUGUGUUACGAUGGCCUUGGAACCACUGCAGACCAUGUUAAAGCAGUGGAGUACAUGAGAAGAGUCGCUUGGUGGCACUCCUCAGAUGUUGGCUCCAUCAGAUACACUGCCCUGUACAACAUUGGCCGAGCCUACAUGGAGGGCUACGGAGUGCAGGCGUCUGACUCAGAGGCCGAGAGACACUUUCUUCUGGCUGCUGAUGGGGGUAACCCUCAUGCCUGUGUGAAAGCCCAAACCUGUCUUGGCAUGUUCUACUCAAGGCCUGACACACUUGAUCUCAAAAAGGCAUUUUACUGGCACACAGAAGCGUGUGGGAACGGCAGUCUGGAGUCUCAGGGAGUGCUGGGGAUAAUGUACUUGUAUGGGAUCGGAGUACAGAAGGAUCCACGGGCCGCUCUGCAGUGUCUGAGGGAAGCAGCGGAAAGGGGCAACGUUUAUGCCCAGGGUCACCUGGUAGCGUACUACUACCACUGGAAGUUCUACUCCAAAGCAGCCACUCUAGCUGAAAGGAUCUCCAAGUAUGAGGACAUUGGUGCCAUAGCAAGGCGGACAGACUGUUUACCAGAAUACAUCUCUAAAGGAAUCGCCACUGCUCUGUUUUACCACGGCCGCUGCCUGCAGCUGGGGCGGGGAGUGGAGCAGAACGAUGUCAGUGCCAAAGAGUGUUUUAUUAAGGCAGCCCAGCUGAAUCCAGAGGUCUGUAAGGACCUCCAGAUGGACGUAAUCUACGGCAGAAUAUAG